AUGGAAAAAGUCAUAAGGAGAGAGCCGAAGAGCACAAGCUUCCUAUACAUUGGAAACCCAUUGUCGACCGAGAUACGAGAUGAACCUUUCCCGUUAAACUAUAAAACACCACAACUAGAUGAUUACAAUGGAACAGGGGAUCCGAUCACACACUUGAGCUGUUUUCAGGUGGUCAUGAUGGUACAAAGUUUGUUUGAAGCUGCCGUCUGCAAACUUUUCCCGACAACCCUUAAGGGGCCAGCAACAAUCUGGUACCGAAGUCUGAAAGAAGGCUCUAUCCAAAGUUUCGACGAGCUAGCAAGAGCUUUCCGAACUCAUUUCACACCGAGCAUAAAACGAAAGAAGAAGUCCAGUGAUCUCAAACUUUGCUAUCAGAAACCCGGAGAAAGCUUGCAGAGUUAUAUCGGCAGAUUUAACGCGGAGGCUGUCGAAGUAGGAAACCUGAAUGAUGAUACCCUCAUUGACCGAGCCUGUAAUUACAUCAAUUUGGAUGAAGAGCAACGAAGGAAAGCCACACAGACAACAGCACAGUUUCAAACGCAGAGACCAAAUUUCAGUCAGACGGUCAGGCAAGACAGAUUCAGGCCAAGAGAUCAACGGCAACCCGUUCCACCGCGAAUGGAACUACACCGACCAGUAAAGGUAGAAGACCAAGCCUUUAUUCCACUCAACACACCGAGAUCACACAUCCUAAUGUGGAUUCAAAUCAAUAAUGAACUAGUAAGAUACCCACCAAAGUUGCAGUAUGAGGGGGACAGAAAGAAAUAUUGCCAAUUUUACGAUGGUCACGGCCACGUCACUAAUGAGUGUGGAAGUAUAAAGAAAGAAAUAGAUCGAUUAGUGCAAGUCGGCCGCUUAAAAGACUUUGUAGCAUAG